AUGACCAAGAAAAAGACCAACAACAAGAAAAAGCCGCGGUCCUCCGUCCGCGGAGCCGGGCCUCCUGAGAACGAUGAGGAAGUCCUGACGCAGGAAGAACUUCUCAAGCGUAUUCGAAAAGCCCGCACUGCAAAGGCUGGUGUGGAGUACCAACCACCACCCCCUCAGCCCAAGAAGAAAGGCCCCGUGAAACCGUUCAUCCCCCCAUUCGAUCCUAACCUUCCACCGGCGGCGUUCCCAAGCCUCCCAACGAUUGGCCAACCGAUACCCACUGGCACUAGAGAAGGACACUUGCGUCGUGCCAAGGAAGACCGUGAGAGACGCCUUCAAGGUCUUGAGCCUCUCCCUCGCGAGUCCUAUCACUCAGAACCGAUCUUCAGAAUCAGUGGUCAGAAUGAUGCUCCGGAUGUUAAGCAGCCAGCAGACAAGGAGCCAGCAAGCCAGAAGCCAUCCAAGCCGAAGACAACCAAGCGGGGGCAAGCAAGCCAGGAUCGGGUCAAUGUCAAUACAUCUGAGGUCGAAUAUGAAGCACCUAGGGGAGUCAAUGUGGACUGGGAAGCCAGCAACACUGUGUUCAACCCGGUCUAUAUGAGAAACAUGGCAACCAUGGCUAGCGACGGACAAAAAGAACCAGCUAAUUCAUAUGGCUUGAGUCUUGCAAAUCGACCAGAGAUGGACUUUUCAGACAGCGACCUUGAAAUCAUCACUGAGAAAAAGCCUCCUGUUCCUCAAUGGGGAGACCUGACUCCGUCACUCCGAGCGGAGAUCAUGGAUAACCUUUUGGAGCAUGAUACCUGGGAGGAAGCUGUGAAUAAGCUUGGUCUGACUCUAAAGCAAGCAAGAAGAACCAAAGAGUACCUGAACCGAUUCCACAAGGCUACUGAGCACGAGGACGAACAGCUGAAGGAAAUGAGGGAGGAACAGCUCCAAACUCUGUUGAAUAUGGAUUACAGCAAUGAUCGGACUGUGCCAGAGGAUGGCAUUCUCGGCAGAACUUCUAAGGAACAUCAAAAGAAUAUCAUGAAAGACCCGAACCAGAAGUUACUGCAGUGCAAGAGCGGAGACCUACGCACAGCUUGGCGUUUCCUGAACGAGCGAGGCCUACCUCAGAAGUUGGCCGGAGACUGGAACUGUGGCGCAGGAACAAUGCGUCCUGACGAAGAUGAGGAACCUCUGACCAAGCGUGUCAAGUGGAGUUAUCCUCUCACGACAAUCGAGGGGCCUUCAGCCAUGCCAAUGAAUAUCGGUCCUGUAAAGCAUUUGUCUUCAGGGGCAAAGACAGCCUUCCUCAACAAUUUCGGCCAGGCUGGUUCGAUUGUCCCGCCUGCUCAGGAGCAACACCCAAUUCAAGAUGUGCAAAAGCAUUGGGAUGACUGGGAGCAGCUCUUCAUCACUCAACCUGACGAGGACCAAGUCCACCUUGCUCGUGAGAGAAGAUUGCAAUUGGCGUUGGGCGAGGAGGAUGCGGCUACUCUCAUGGCGAAAGAGACUGGGCCCGCGCUACCAGAACCGGCAGUUGCUCAAUUCCGGUUCAAUCAGCGAAUUGAGAGAGUCAAGCGCGAGGCUGAGGCCGAGAGGGAAGCUGCUGCCGUAAAAUCUCUUCCCUUCACGGCCCGCGACAUUGCCGAGGGAACCUGGGAGCAGAAGAUGGAGGCCCGGUAUGCGAGAUUGGCCAAUGAUUGCCAGAAGCUCCUUCUGAGCUAUGACGCACACCCCGAUGUCGAGCACGAGGAGAACUCAGAGCUCGACGAAAUUGACCAGGACGCGUUGGUGGAGGAGGCCAUGCAGUUCAAUGGGUCGUACCGCCCACUUUUGAGAGCCAAAGCCUACCCACGUUCUCGGGACGCUGAUGUGGACAUGGAGUGA